AUGUCCGUUCUUUUCACGAGCGUCUCGGAAAACAAUCCAGUGAAGCCCGGCGAUGCCCAGGCCCUCAUAGAGCCCCUGGGUCUUACUAUCGAUCCCUCCGAAGCAGACGAUUUCACCACUCUGCUGGCAGCUGUGCAUGAUUGUGCGGAGGGCAUCGCUUCAUUGCCCGAUUAUCAGCCCGUUCCUGAUGAGGCUAAAUACCCCCGUGAAAAUGUGCGACGGCCGACGAAAGAAGAGCAGGUGCUAGGUCAAGCUUGGGCGCAUCGGUUCCUUAUUCGCGGCAACCCGGAAGGAGGGAAGCUGGCAGGGAAAUCCGUCAGUUUGAAAGACGUGAUUGCAGUGGCCGGGGUACCUCAGCUGCUGGGCAGCGAUGUCAUUCCAUCAUGGACACCGACAACUGAUGCAACGGUCGUGACAAGACUGUUGGAAGCUGGUGCUCAUAUCCAUGGAACUUCGACGUGUGAGAAUCAUUGUCACUCCACUUCCUCAUAUACCAGUGCUCAGGGUAUAGUGGAGAAUCCACACGCUACUGGGUAUUCUGCCGGAGGAAGUACAUCAGGAGGGGCAGCAUUGGUUGCUGCAGGCUUGGUUGAUAUCACCAUCGGAGGCGAUCAGGGCGGAAGCAUCCGAGUUCCUGCAUCAUUCUGUGGAUGUGUCGGUCUGAAGCCUACCCAUGGCCGUGUACCUUUCACCGGUAUUACUAGUGGUGAUGCCAUGAAUGACCAUGCAGGACCACUAGCCCGGAGCACCCUCGAGGUUGCAACAUGCUUGGAUGCCAUUAGUGGAUACGAUGGUAUUGAUGACAAGGCAUUGGGCAGCGCACAACCAGGCUCGACGGCUUUCGCAGAUGCCCUGAAGGACAGUCCUCAGAGUCUCGAUGGUCUCAAGAUCGGAAUUUUAAGAGAGGGGUUUGAACACGAUGCUGUGAGCUCCAGUGUGAGAAAUUCAGUCUUAACCGCCGCCAAGAAGUUCGAAGACCUUGGUGCAAGCAUAGAAGAGGUAUCGCUUCCAGAUCACCUCCACGGCCCAGCCAUCUGGACUAUCCAGCAGCGAAUUGCUGGAGCUCAAACCCUCUUGGGGCAAACCAGCGGCCGAAGAGGUUUAUACAUGACAGAAGCGGAGCAAACAAGACUUCCGUGGACAGAUGAAGGCUUCCAGCGCGCAUUCCCAUCAACCAAGAAUGUCAUAAUCAACGGUCUCUAUCUCAUAUCUCGCUUCCCGGGCCUCUAUAGCAAGACCGCCAAUAUCGGACGCCAGCUGUGCGACAAAUAUCAGGCAUUGUUUGAGAAAUACGAUGUGUUGGUGAUGCCCACAACUCCCGUUGUGGCACCAAAGCACGGUAAAUGGGGACUUCCACUGGAGUCUCUCAAGCCCAGUAUGGGCCUGACUAUCAACACUGCCAUCUUCAAUAUCACGGGUCAUCCGGCGCUGUCUAUUCCUAUCGGCUUUGCUCCAGCAAAAGAGGAUGACGACGUCUUGCUUCCGGUCGGUAUGCAACUUGUUGGAGGGUUGUGGCAGGAAGAGAAGAUCUUGCGUGUUGGGCAUGUGUGGGAGUCUUCUUAUGAUUGGAGGAAGAUGCAAUUCAGCACAGACAAGAAUUAG